UUCGCGUGGAGCAGGAGUUCCCUCUAGCUGUGGGUAGAGGAUUAAUGUUAAUGGUGGGCUCUCACUGUCGAAUUAUGAAAGGAAGAAAGGUGUAGCUGCGAGGGUUUAAUGUAGCUGAAUAAAGUUUGGACGAUUUUAAGAAUAACACAGGAAUUCUGGAGUUGGACACAAAAAAACGUUUUAUAUACCUAUAUAAGGAGUGUGUGUGGCGGAAUAAGAGGGAAAGUGGACACGGCCUGCCUCGGUUCAGAGAGGAGCUGAGGAGGAAAAAAAGAAAGGACAGGAAAAAGAGGAAGAGGAAGACUGCAAAGACGAGAUUGUAAUAAAGUGGCUCUGUAUCGACGAAGAUUGCAGCCAGUGCACGCGCUGUUUACAGCCUGUUUUGCUUUGCUAGCUAGCGUUAGCUAGCUAGCUAGCUGACAAGCACAGGCUUACUAGCAUAACUAACUGACUAGCAUAACUAAUUGAUUGACUGGGUACCAGACAAACAAACUAUCUGACCGACUAACUAACUGACUGUCUGACUGACUUCCCCACGCUGAAUGAGUGGCUCUCUGAGGUAUGGUUAUAAAUAGCUAGCUGAGCCAAGCUAGUGCGCGCGCCGGAAAUCAGGAAUCAACUCGUAUGUUGAGUCGGGAUCAGGAGUCUGAGGUGUGAGAAGAUCCGAGCUGAGGGAUUUCCUUCUUUCCUUCCGUCCUUCCUUCCUGACCCCCGGCCUGCAGUCAUGGGCAACGCGCCCACCGCCAAGAACAAGGGCAGCGAGAUGGAGAGCGUGAAGGAGUUUCUCGCUAAAGCCAAAGAAGAUUUUCUUAAGAAAUGGGAGAAUCCAGCACAGAACACUGCAUCUCUGGACCAGUUCGAGAGGUUGAAGACGCUGGGCACGGGCUCCUUCGGGCGAGUCAUGCUCGUCAAGCACAAAGAAACGGGGCAGCACUUCGCCAUGAAGAUUCUCGACAAACAGAAGGUGGUCAAGCUGAAACAGAUAGAACACACGCUGAACGAGAAACGCAUCCUGCAGGCGGUCAGCUUCCCCUUCCUCGUCCGGCUGGAGCACUCCUUCAAGGACAACACUAACCUGUACAUGGUGAUGGAGUACGUUCCAGGAGGGGAGAUGUUCUCUCAUCUGAGGAGAAUCGGAAGGUUCAGUGAGCCUCACGCUCGCUUCUACGCCGCUCAGAUAGUCCUGACCUUCGAAUACCUUCACUCGCUCGACCUCAUUUACAGAGAUCUUAAGCCUGAGAACCUGCUCAUCGACCAGCAGGGCUAUAUACAGGUUACGGAUUUCGGCUUUGCCAAGCGUGUAAAGGGCCGGACCUGGACGUUGUGCGGCACUCCUGAGUACCUGGCUCCAGAGAUUAUCCUCAGUAAAGGCUACAAUAAAGCAGUAGAUUGGUGGGCUCUGGGCGUGCUGAUUUAUGAAAUGGCUGCAGGAUAUCCCCCGUUCUUUGCAGACCAGCCCAUUCAGAUCUACGAGAAGAUCGUCUCAGGCAAGGUGCGCUUCCCUUCUCACUUCAGCUCAGACCUGAAGGACCUGCUAAGGAACCUGCUACAGGUAGACCUGACAAAGCGCUUUGGCAACCUCAAGAAUGGUGUCAACGACAUCAAAGGCCACAAGUGGUUCGCCACCACUGACUGGAUCGCCAUCUAUCAGAGGAAGGUCGAAGCCCCCUUCAUCCCGAAGUGCAAAGGUCCAGGUGACACCAGCAACUUUGACGACUACGAGGAAGAAGAAAUCCGGGUCUCCUUUACAGAAAAAUGCGCAAAGGAGUUUGCAGAGUUUUAGAGCCAGCGUGGAGAGAUGGAGGAAGAACGACGGAAGGAAAUGGACGGUGGAGUGUGGGGCAGAAGAAGGAGAGGGAAAGUGAUGGACUGGACUUGUCUGUAUUCAGUAAACAACAAGAACAACAAUGUAGACCCCCCCCCCCCCCGUAUACACACACAAACACACACAAAUAUAUAUACACCCACCCACGCACACACAUUAUAUAUAUACACCCACACAGGAGAUCAAGAGAGAGGGAGAGAGUGAAGGGGGGAUAUGAAAAAAAAAAGUUACAAGAAAAAAAGUUUAUUGUUUUUUGGUAGGAUUAUAAAGAUAUCCAUUUACAUCUUCUUUCAGAGAUGAAAGACUUAGACAGCUGCAGUUCUGCUUAGAUGACCCUUAUAGCGAGAGUCAUCUAAGUAGAAUGCAAUUGCCUCUCUCUGUCUCUCUCUCUCUCUCUCUCUCUCUCUCUCUCUCAUACACACACUCUCACACACACACAGAGCUUUAUCUCUGGUACUAAAACGAAGUGCGUCUAUCAUAGCAGCUCAACUUUUUUUUUUUUUAAACAUCACUUUGCUGUUUAAGUAUCUGCUCUUUUGUCUUCUUUUAUUCAUUUUUGGUCAACAUUGCUUUCUUUUUGUUUUUACUAACUUUACUUUUUCGCAUCUUCCCGUUCCAAAUCUGUUCGAGCAAUACCGAGACAGGGUACAACGGCUCUCUUGUGAGAAGGGAGGGAAGCCAAAUCAUCAUGAAAUUCCCAAUGCCGGUCCUCCUGCUCGUUCUUCCAUCAUUUACAUCAUCAACUAUGUCUUGCAUACUUUUUUUUUUUACCAAAUCCCCCCCCAUUUGUUAUUACAAAAAGUAAAAACCACAGAAGGAUGUGAUUUAUACGGGAACACCAUGUACGGGAAAACCUGUUUGUGACUUAAAUAAAAUCAGCUCUUAAAGGGCCGUCCCAAGCCCCCCCCCCCCAACCUGACUUCCCUUUCUCUUCUUUGUGCUCUGUAAAACGGGUGGGGCCUAGAUGUCGAGAGCAGGAAGUUUUGCUACUUUACUUUCAGAGACAGAAAAACGUAGCCUCGUUGCUAGGCAACAUCACAACUUAUCCCUAUGUUCUGUGAAAUCAUGUGACUUUAAUAUAAUCUAACCUAGUUAUUUUUUAGGUAUCACAUAAAUAUCUUUUUACGCAGCUCUUUCACAAGCCAAGAAGUCGAUUGCCCUCUUCCUUAUACUUAAGCAUGCAGAUGCUCAUGAUUGGGUAGCGUCACUGUGAUUGACAGGACAGAGAAAAGGGUAUGACCCUUCCACCUAGAGAGCACAUCUGUGUCAUCAUCAUAAUGGGAACGCUUUGUACUCUUUCAGGGAACGCUGUCCUGUUGCGGUGCAACCGAGCUCCCUGGAUAUUACCAACGUAGCAUAGCGUUAUAUAAUACACUGUAGCUCAUGACAUUGAUUCCUUAACGAAGUAAGUCGUUACUGAAAUAGAAAUUGGCACAUUUUAAUUUUUGACUGGAUGUAUUGCGUAGAUUUGCGUUGUCCCAGUGAUGCUUACAACAUGGGUCCGGUUCGCUUCUCAUCUUUUUCUUUUUGUGUUUUUCUUCCAACUUUAUGACUAAGGUAAUGGCAUCUGCUUGCUUUUUUUCUCUUAGCUAAGGCUGUAUGUGUGUAGGAUGAUCUCUUUUCAGCGAGAGCUCUUCAUCUUCAGCACGUCUCUUUAUGGAAAGAAAAAAAUGAUUCGUGAAGUGUACACGAUUUCAGUGCGUCUCGGCAAAGGUCUUUUUUUUUUUUUUGAACAAUCUGUUUAGUGAAAUGCAUCUUCUGAAGGACGUUUUGAGGAAAUGCGACCGCAGUUCGUCACACACUUGUGCGACGCUAUAAAGUGUGUAGUUUUUGAGCGUAGAAAAAAGUAAAAAAAGCUUAAUUUUAUGUUUUUUUUUGUUCAUUGUUGCCUCACCUUCAGAUUAACACUUUAUUUAACAAUGAUAGCGUUUUAAUUUUUCCUUACCUUAUUUUAUUUUUCUUUUGAUUGCUGUUGAGGGGAUGUGUAACUGAGAAACACCAACUCUCUGCAAAAAUUUUGAAGAAAUAGCUCCUUCUCAAAGAACGUUUUGUUUGUCUCCGGGCUUGGCUGCAGGAACACUUUCGAGAAAAUAAUUAUUCCUUAAUGUAAAGCUGAUCCAGGAUCAGUUCUUUGCCAGUCAUAUCCUGAUGCGAUGUAAAAACUUCUAGAGCUGGUCCAAGAUUUCCAGGUGCUGCUUCUCUGCAGCGUUUUCCAGCAACCAAAGAUCUAAAAGUUCAGAAGCAUCUCUAACUUAAUACGUCAUCUUUAGCAUGGUUCUCUCAGCACUCUCUCCUCGCCCUCUCUGUGUCCUCUUUAUCCUCACUAAUUAAUGGAUAAAGAAAGAAAGAAAGGAAAUCGCGUUCAGUCACACGCGCUCUGUCUCCAUGUCACCGUCCUCUCCAUCUCUUAUCUUCAUUAUUUCGUCAAUCAGCUUCUCACGCAUCAAGCCCCCAUGCCUUCGUCCACGUCCACAUCCCUACACUUCUAUUUUCUUUUUUAAAAAUCACAGCCAGGAAAGAAAGAAAAAAAACACCACCGUUAUUGAUUUUUUUUUUCUUUUUGGUCAUAUUUUCUAAGUGUAUUUUCAAUAACGAGAAACUCUUUUUCUCCCGACGCAGGUAUGGUGAUGGUGUUGGUCUAAUUGUACCUUUUUUCGGGAAACAAUACUGUAUAUUCUUCUGCCUUUAACAGUCUUAAUUAUUUUACUUUCUGGAGAACUUGAUGGAAAAAAAAAACCCUGUAAGACACAUGGAGUAUGUAUAAAAAAAAAUUUAAAAAAAAAGCCAAAAAAAAGAUUAAAAAAUACACAGAAUAAUAUUUUGCAACAUGUAUCAUUCCAAUAAAGUUUUAAUUGUUAAAAUGACAAAAGAAAACUGGGUCCUAUGUGAUUAAUUCUUUUAUAUAUUUUUUUUUCGUAUACGAAGACAGUGGACACUCAUGGGUAUUGUAAUGAGCCACUUGUGGGGAAAUGUGCAAAUUAAUUUUUUUGUUUACAUUUUGUUAAAGCAAAUCUUCAUUUUAUAAUUCAUGAAAUAUGUUUAGAUUAAAAUCUUAAUCAGUCAUAAA